UGGCCGCUGCACCUGACGGCCGAGCAGGAAGUGUGGCGGACAAAUCGUGGACCGUUAACCCCGCUCGGUGCCUUCGUGUCAUGUUCCGCGGUCCACAGGACUCCGUCUGACCGUCCGCACUGUCUCCGCUCCGGUCUGAGCCUCCGGGAAGCUCCGGUCCUCCCCCCCGCCUGUCGAGCUGCAGACCCUGCUGCUGCAGAGCUCAAGCCCGGUGAAGCUCCGUGAAGCUCCGUGAAGCUCCGUGACGCUCGUCCGCCCUGAGUGCAAUGGGAUGCUGCGGUAGCACGGAGCGGACUAAGAGAGAGUGGAGGCCGCUGGAGGACAGAAGCUGCACCGACCUGCACUGGUUCCUGCUCUUCACUGUCUUCUGCGUCGGCAUGGGAAGCAUCUGUGGCUUCACCGUGGUCACAGGUGGGGCUGCUCGCCUUGUCUUUGGCUACGACAGCUACGGAAACACCUGCGGUCGACGCAACGAACACAUCGAAGGAGUGAGACUGAGCGGCCUCGACCACACGGACAGGAAGUAUGUUUUCUUUCUGGAUCCUUGUAACAUCGACAUCGUCCAGAGGAAGAUCCGCUCCAUCGCUUUGUGCGUCUCCCUGUGUCCUCGGCACGAACUCGGGACAUACAGUGACCUCAAGACUUUCGCCAUGGUCAAUGGGUCAGAGUUGUGCUCAUAUGAGCUGGCGGCCCACAAAUAUGCCGUUCUACCUGAGAGGUUCAACAAGUGUCCCAAACUUCCUGUUCCACCGAGUAAACCGCUGCCCGUAUUUAACCGCUGCACGCCACUGGAUGUUUCCUGUUACACAAAGUUUGCCGAGGCAGUGGUGACGUUUGUGGGUGACAACAGUUCCCUGCACCGCCUGAUCGCAGGCGUCGCCGCCAGUAAAGAAAUCAUCGUGGGCCUGUGUGUCCUCGCGCUCGUCCUGUCCAUGAUCCUGACGAUCAUCGUCCGUUUCAUCUCCACUGUGCUUGUCUGGAUCCUCACGUCGCUGCUGGUGCUCGGUUCACUGGCGGGGAGCAGCGUCCUCUGGUGGCUUUACAUCGACCAUCGCCUGAACAGAAAUGAUACGUCUACAAAAGUAACCAAGGAAACAAAGGAGGAGGCGGAGCUGAGCAGAGAUGGUGGUCAGGCACUGCUCGUCUAUGCUGCCGCCGCCACCGUCUUCACCAUCAUCGUGUUGCUGCUGAUGCUCUUUAUGAGGAAACGCGUGGCUUUGACCAUCGCUCUGUUUCACGUGGCGGGGAAAGUCUUUGUCCACUUGCCCCUCCUCACCCUGCAGCCCUUCCUUACCUUCCUUGUCCUCCUUGUCUUCUGGAUCUACUGGAUCCUGGUGCUACUGUUUCUGGGAACCACAGGUGAGCCGGUGCAGAACCUGGAUUCAGGUGUGACAGAGUUCAGACUGACUGGUCCUCUUCAGUACCUGACCUGGUACCAUGCUGUGGGUCUGAUCUGGAUCACUGAGUUUAUUCUGGCCUGUCAGCACAUGACUGUGGCUGGAGCUGUGGUCACCUACUACUUCACCAGGGACAAGAACCGUCUCCCACUGACUCCGAUCCUGUCGUCCAUCCUGAGGCUGCUGCGGUUUCACCUGGGAACUGUAGCUAAAGGUUCUUUCAUCAUCACCGUGGUGAAGAUCCCCAGACUCCUGCUCAUGUACAUGCACAACCAGCUGAGAGGAAAGGAGAACGUCUGUGCCCGCUGUCUGCUGAAGACCUGUAUCUGCUGUUUGUGGUGUUUGGAGAAGUGCCUCAACUAUCUCAAUCAGAAUGCAUAUGCAGCCACCGCCAUCAACAGCACCAGUUUCUGUUCGUCAGCCCGCGACGCCUUUGUCUUAUUGGUGGAAAACGCGCUGCGUGUCGCUACAAUCAAUGCUAUCGGAGACUUUGUCCUCUUUCUGGGGAAGGUCCUGAUCGUGACGUCCACAGCAUUCGCUGGUGUCCUUCUCCUCAACUACCAGCGAGAUUAUGCUGAGUGGCUGCUGCCGCUCGCCAUCGUGUGUCUCUUCUCCUUCCUCGUCGCCCACUGCUUCCUGUCCGUCUUCGAGAUCGUGGUCGACGUCCUUUUCCUCUGUUUCGCCAUCGACACCAAGUACAACGACGGUUCUCCAGGGAAAGAGUUUUUCAUGGACAAAGCUCUGAUGGAAUUUGUGCAGAGCAGCAGGAGGUUGGAAAGGGCUGUGGAUCGUGGGCGGAGCCGGGUGAAGGAGGCGGUCUCUGAGGAGGCGGAGAUGAAGUCCAUGGCUCCGGGGACGAGUUCAGCUUGACCACAAGGAGGCGCUGGACUUAAACCAGAGACAUUCCAGAGGUUUAUUUUUACCAACGUGUGACAUGUUUACUUGUUUACAGGGAAAAACGAUAUUUUAAUAACAAAUUGUACAAACGUAACAAUGUAACUAAGCACUUUAUACGGACGCGCUGCCUGACGCUCUCUUGUUGUUUUUUAUAAAAGUCAUUGAACGCAUCUUGCUCACUCAUCAAAGGGGCGGAGCCUGUGUUCAGGUCAGAGCUGCAGCUGUUGAUCAAUGUGUCUGAUUGAUUACUGAUUAGGAAUAUGUGAUCUAUCAUGAUUGAGCGAUCAAUCGAAUGACCAACAAUCGCUCGCAGUGCGAUGCUGGCUCCGCCUCCAGCGGAGGACAUUGACCUCCUGUCCACAUGGUGGCAGUGGAGCUACAUGAUGAGUCAUGUUUUGUCUGGAGCUCAAUAUCUUUUUAAGACAGAAUAUCCAGAGAAGACAACGACAGAUGAGUGUGGGCGGAGCUUCCUGUGGAGGUCAGUCAGCAAUAAACUGCAUCAUGUGACCACGUUAUCAUCAACUAGUCUUCCUCUUCCUGUGUUUGACAUCAACACGAGCUGGAGUCGGAUGACGUCGGACAUGUCAAUGACUCAAUGACAAUGAGCAGAAUUUUCUCAGCUGAUCGGCUGCCCCAGAUGACGUCGUCAUGGAGACUGACGCGAAGACGGCGUGGAGUGUUUGUCGAGCCAGGUCAUCACUUAUUCAUCCACUUCCUGUUCCUUCAGGAGGAGGAGUCAGAGCAACACUCACAUGAGCACCUCCACCUACUGGCCAAGAGAGAACUGCAACGUGUUCACACCCAACGCCUCAUGUUAUUCACACCGUUAUCAUGACUCAGUGCAUGUUAUUCACCGUUAUCAUGACUAGCCUCAUGUUAUUCAGUCAUGUUAUGAUGACUCGGCGCCCUGUUAUGAUGACUCGGCGUCACGUUAUCAUGACUCAGCGUCACGUUAUCACGACUCAGUGUCAUGUUAUUCACAGUAUCAUGACUCAGCACAACCUGCAGCUCUUCUUCUGAAGCUAAUGCUAAGCUAAUUAUUUCCCUCAGGUUAAUGCUAAUGUAAAUUCUCCCCUGGAACUAAUGCUAAGCUAACCAUCCUCCUGGAGCGAAUGCUAAGCUAACGAUGUUCAUAUUUAAGUGUGACAGUGAUGUUUUCAGAGGUUAGCAGGUAACUUUAUGCCCCGCCCCUCUUCACCGACUCGGCUCAGCAUUAUCAGAAUCAGAAUGAUUAAAGUCAUGUGACUGACCUGAAAUGAUUCAUCGUUGCCGUGAUGAUUUUGGGUGUGAAC